AUGGAAAGUAUCGACCUUGUUGCGAUGACUAAAGAACUUGAAAGACUAAGAAAAGAACUCAAAGAAAAAAAAGAAUUUAUUCAUGAACUAACUCUAACAAACAAAAAACUGAUCACAGAUUGUAAAUUAUUAAAACUCACCCUCCGUGCUGCCACUAAAGGCGAAACACAACUACUUCUUUACAAGUCUGAAACAACAAAAAUCGAAGAAUCAGGCCCUUCUAAAGAGCCUUUACCUCAACCUCCUUCAUUUAAUUUGCAGAGUAUAAUCUGCAUCACAAUCUCAAUAUUCUUUUUGGGUAUCCUUAUAAGUAUCGGAAGUAUGUUUCUGAUUGUAUCCCUCAACAAAGUUUAUUAA